AUGGACAGCAUCGUAAACGAUAACAGCAACGGCAACGGCACGGAGGGCCUGGUAGACGCCCGUUCGGGCAUGCUACGUCUCCAAACAGAGCUGACAGACAAAAUCGAGCCUCAAGAUACCCAAGACCUCUCCCAUCUCUGCCUGACCCUCGAAAAUGGCCAUGUGCAAGCUGGAACGUUGCGAGAGGAGAUUGAGCAGCGCUAUGGAUCUAUAGGUCUGGAGGUUCUGGCGGCUGCUGAGAACCCUAGUCAGCACUACUUUAGUCGAAAAGGAUUUGUGAUCACAUACCGCCAUGAACACAUCGAAUGCCUCUAUGGCUCAAUGACCACAGCGAACCUCGUCACCCUCAAGGCCGCUUUGAGCUGGCUAGUCAUGCACAGAAGGACAUCCGUUGCCAACCAGAUGAGCGUAUCAUGGGGAGCAUGGGAGAAGGACAUAUUUGUUCUCUUGCCCUUGGUUCCCGUGGACUGGCCGCAGAGCUGUUGGUGGAAGAUGCUUGAUUCAGGAAUUGUGACUUCCCUUAUUGAACUUGAUGACUAUGACGACUGUCCCAACGAUGAUGAUCACGACGAUGUCGACAUUUCUGAAAUUUAUGACCAUCUGAGGGCUUUGAUACCGCAGCGGCCACUUCUCAGAACCACAUCUGAUGUGAUGUCCCUGCUUGCUGGGGUGACUUGUCCGGUUCAGGUAGGGCAGGGGUAUAUUCUGUGUGGUCCUUAUUCGGCUAUGAUUCCUAUUACAAGACAAGACAAUGGGUCUAUUUUGUGGCAUUAUGAGAGGAAAGAAGCCCAGAGCCCUGAGUUGCGCGUCGAUGAUUUGGAAAGUCUUAAGAGCGAAUGGUAUCAGACGUUUGAUUUGGACUUUCUCAUAAACGCACCAGCGCACAUAGGCUGGAGUAGAGAAGAUGAGCUACUUCUGGGUACCGAUCAACAUACCCACAAGACGGCGUGGUCACGCAGAGCAAGAAGAUCCCCGCCAAUCCAGAUCACAAUUCAGCUCUCCUACCAUGGAAUAUUUCCAUUAGAUCCUCCAAAGAAUUACCUUCGCAUGGUCAACAACAGCAAGCGCCACCCAUGGAUUCUCUACGACAUAUCAACCAAGCGCGCCUGGCUCGUCCCGGAGGUCUGCCUCCUGCCGUACAUGGUCUGGCUAUACAGCCGAGAAUUCGAUAGCGGCAAGAAUGGCCCCGUAGCUGCCCCGUCCCCCAAUCCAGAGAACGCUUGUCGCAUUCUGACCGAAAGCAAAGAUAAUCUUGUCUGGGGGGUUACAGUGAAACGCCUGGUCACUUCGCGGCCAGUUUGUCGCAGCUAG